AUGAUUAUGAAGCUAGGUUCUUCAUAUAAUGAUAAACAGAAUUUGUUACAAAAAUGUCUUGAUAUAGACCAGUGUAUAGCAGUGCGUAGUGAUGGGUACUUGAUGAGUAAGAUUCAGCCACAGAAAAACUGGCUAACGAGAAUGGGUGAACCAGGAACCGGACUUUAUGUCGCAGACAUUGAUAUAUGUGAAGCUGAUCUUCACGACUGUGAUGUGAAUGCAGGAUGCCACCAUACUGGUCCGGCUCAAUAUUUGCCCGACCAAGAGUUUCCCCUUAGAGUUAGAAGAGAUUUGUUGAUUCAUAAAUUCAAUGGAAUUGACAUAACUAGCAUGAAGAAAUCAACAAACUUUGUAUUCUUUGAGGGGUUUGAUUCCAAUGGAGGGGACUUUAUAGCAGCUGAACAGUUUAAAGGGAAUAUUCCAAUGUUGGAAAGUUUAUGUAGAAAUCUAACUCAGUGUAUAGCUUUCAACAGUAAUGGAUUAUUAAAAAUGUCUGUCAGUCAUCCUGGUGAUUUGGUGAAAUGGAUUGGGAAAUCCAGUGGUGGUGUGUACAUUGCAGAUCUAGAUUACUGCAUGCUUGGGAAUUACGAAUGCCCUGAAGAUACGAGAUGUAAUCGCCUGGGUCCCGCCAACUACAGAUGUAUGCCUAUUGUUGCCAUGACAGCAACUUCAGAUGAAUUGAGUGCUGAAGAUGUAGGUAAAAGUGAUCAAGAAAAGACAGUGAUGACAAAAGUAAUUCCUGGCAAAGAGAACGCUGGAAUAAGUGAUGAUAUUCAUAUAAUUAUUUCCGCUGAUAAUGACCACUUUAUAGGUGUUGCUACUUUGAUAAACUCAAUCCUACACACAGCAAGGUUGCCUAGUAACAUUAAGUUUCACAUUGUUGUUGCCGGGCAACCAGCAGAGAGUUUUAAAGAGUAUCUACAGUGCUGUGGUUUGCAGGUGACAGACAAGAUUAAUGUCAUUGAACUGAAUGAUUCGUGGUUGUCUGGUAGAAUACAUGUGUUUUCAUCGAUAAAAGAUGUCGGUAACCUAGCCAGUCUGGCUAACUUUGCAAGAUUCUAUUUUGACAGAAUUUUUCCGUCUUUACAAAAAGCAUUGUACAUUGAUGCUGACUGUGUUGUUCAGCAACCAAUCGAAGAUUUGUGGAAUAUAGCGAAAGAUGCCAAAACGCCAUUGGUGGCAGUUUCGAGAGAUAUAGUUCCAUAUGGACAUUUCUUUGAUGAAAAAGUGUUAAAAGUCUUCUUUGAAAGAUAUGGUAAGCGGUUCUCAGAAUCUGAGCCCACCUUUAACGCAGGUGUGUUUGUUAUUGAUUUACUCCACUACAGAGAGAAACAACUGGUGGAUGAAGCUGAAUUUUGGAUGAACCAGAAUGCUAAGAAAAAGUUGUGGAAGUUUGGUAGCCAGCCGGUGAUGUUGAUGAUGUACCAUGGUCAAUGGACAAAACUGGAUUCUACUUGGAACGUGGACAGUCUUGGGUGGAAGGAUACAAUAGGUACAGAGAAACUGAAAACUGCUGGAAUACUACACUGGAAUGGAGCGAAGAAACCAUGGUUACACAAUGGGUUGUACAAGGCAUACUGGCAGCGUUAUCAACCAUCGCAAUGUUCAGGUCAUGGCAACUGUGUCAGUAAUUCUACAGCUAGAAACGGAAGUUACUGGUAUUGUCAGUGUGGUGUAGGUUACCAUGGGAAAUACUGUCUGGAAAGCAGCAUUCCAUAAUAGGGGUGUAAGCUUGUCUGGGAGGUUUCAAAUCGAAUAAGUAGCGCAGGAAGUCUGGGAAUGGGAGAUUAUGGUUACUAUUUAUAGAACUUAAUAUUUUUAAUAUGAGGGGGAG